AUGCUUAUCUCAAGAGAAGCGCCAAAUGGUGAAAAAUAUCUGGAAAUAAACAAAGAGCGUGGAGCAGUGUUGGCGACUAAAAACCAUCAAGGUGGCCUAGAUGAUAAAGAAGAUGAGUCAAACGGAAAAAUAUUUGAAAGACCAGGCUCAAAACGCUGCCCAGUGAAACUCAUCGAGAAAUACCUGUCACAUCUGAGUCCCAAAUGCAGCAGUUUAUUCCAGAAACCAAGAAGCUCGUACAAAGUGUUUAACCCAGCAACGGAUCUUGUGUGGUACUGCUCGAGUCCACUUGGCCACAACACGCUUGAAAAUAUGCUACGAAGAAUGACAUCAAGAGCUGGAAUAAAGCCACACCUAACAAACCACUUGAUCAGAGCGACCACCGUGACGGUUUUGUCAGCUGCAAACAUCGAGAGUCGGUACAUCAGGGCAAUAACCGACCACCAAAGUGAAGAAAGCAUCAAGAGCUAUUGUGAUACGCCGACAUUCGAGCAGUUUAAAAGAAUGUCAAACGAGCUAAGUGAAUUCUUCGAUCCAGCUGGUGGCGAUGACAAGGCUGUUACAGUCCCUCAGAAAACCGUUGCAUCGUCAUCGAGCCAGCCGCAAUCAGUAGCUAUAAGCACUGCAAAUUAUUCCUUCCAGUCCAUUCAAGAUGGAUCACAGAAUCUUGUCCAUGGCUUCAUUCCCGGAGCCACGUUCCAUAACUGUAAUCUCAACUUUAACGUGAGCUUUGGGGGAAGCAGCAGCAAAUAA